AUGAUAGAAGUCCCUAACAGGAUGCCUGCGUACGGCGGUCGGGAUUGCCCCGGGUCCACCUUCGAUUACCAGAUGUGUAACAUGGAGGAGUGUGUCGGACCCUACGAAGACUUCCGCGCUCAACAGUGUGUCCAGAGGAGCAACAAAUAUCACAAGAACACCAAGCACACCUGGCUACCUUACGAACACCCAGAUGAGGCUCACAAGUGUGAGUUGAGCUGUCAGUCCAAAGAGACCGGUGAGGUGGUGGUCAUGAACCAGGUGAUGCAUGAUGGGACGCGGUGCAGCUACACAGACCCUUUCAGUGUCUGCACCCGGGGGGAAUGUCUGCAUGUGGGCUGCGACAAAGAGGUUGGCUCGUACAAACAAGAAGACAAGUGUGGAGUCUGUGGUGGGGACAACUCCCACUGUCGCACUGUCAAACUGACCCUCACCAAGAUACCAAAGAAAACAGGCAUGCUGAAGAUGUUUGAUAUUCCGAUCGGUGCCCGGCACAUCGUUAUAGAGGAGAAUGAGACUUCCUCCCACAUAAUUG